AUGACCGAGUUUGAGCACUACAUGGACGAGAAGUACAAGUACUUGCGAACCAUCAAUCGACGUUAUGAAGCCGACUUCCACGGCAGGUACACCGGAGUUCGCAUGAACGGGCUGAAGACCGAGGUGAUGUUUGCGUGGAUCAGCUUCAACGCCACCUUUCCCCGUGAGAACACCGUGGAUGAGGCCGAUUUGUGGUACAGCCGCUGGCAAACCUUCAAGGAGACCCAUGCCCCCACGCUGGGUGGCUUCCAGACCACCGACUUGUACCUCUUUCUGGUGACGCAGAGGGAGAUGGUCAAGGCGGCCACCAUGGGCAUCGGCCUCUCCUUGUUGGUGGCCUUCUUGGUCCUCUUGGCCACAACCUGCAACUGGUGGUCCUCCAGCCUCGGCCUCGUCUGUAUCAUUUGCAUCACCGCCACGUUCUUGGGCGUGGUUCCUCUCUUGGGAUGGAGCUUGGGCGAGAACGAGUGUAUCUUCAUGAUUGCCACUGUCGGCCUUUCCGUGGACUACACGGUACACUUGCUGCACGCGUAUGACAACGCGCCCGUGGACAGUCGUCUUGGCCGUGCUCACGCAGCACUCGAGGAGAUGGGGAUCUCUGUGGCCAACAGCGCGAUUACCACCUUGUUCGCGGCCGCGCUGUUGUUCGCCUGCGGCUUCUACUUCUUCUUCCAGUUCGGCGGCUUCAUCUUCAUGGUCAUCGGUUUGUCCAUUUUGAUGUCGACCAACUUGUUGAUGCCCUUGCUGAUGUUGGUGGGCCCUGAAGGAUCUCAGGCACGGCGCCGAGCCGAAGUCCGGGGUGGCCUUUUGGGCAGACCACGCGUUCUUUGUUUGGUCUUGUGA